AUGGUUCACACCGACGGUACUCAGCGGCCUGGCGCGGCUGUAGCUCCAGAGCAGGUCAAGGUCAUAUCCUACUUUUCGCCGGGCCUUCAAUCUGAGUUGCCCGAGACAUCGUACACUAUCACACGCAUCAUUCAACUAUUUAUAGAGGGGAUGGCGAUACCUGCAAUUGAACGUUGGGAUCGUGCAGCACGAUUAGAAGGAUUCAAGCUCUCUCCGAAAGGUUCACGCGAUUGUGAACCUUAUCGUGCGCGCACACUCAUUCCUUCCCCAACUCGCGGCUCACUCUACACCUUCUACGGUCAUCCAUCUGGUGUGCUCGAGACCCUCAUACUGGACUUGCAAGGUGGAGGAGCAUCAGCUCUUCCAGUUGCUGGUGGGUCAGUCAUCACGGAGCGGGUAGAGGUACAGCCAGAGGAUGAAGCUGCGGACGAGUCCAGCCAGUAUGACGACAAUGCCUGGUAUGAGCGUGCACAAGCUAGCGGUGUCCUGGAGUUGGCAGAGACAAAUGGGUUACUCAAAGUACGUGUUUCAGAGCUGGAGAAACUAUGUGAGCAACAACAACAUGAGAUCACAAGCCUGAAGUGCGAGAUGAAGCAAAUGCAUACCGCUCAGCGACAGCAAGCCACCCCGUCUAAAUUUCGGGCAGUACAUACACUAUCGGGAGCCCUUUCACCACUUCAGCAUGUAGCUGAUCCAUCUUCGCCUUCCCCAUCUGCCAUGUCCCUGACCCGGCCGUCUGUUUCAUUGCCAUCACGUCCAUCUCGUGUUCGUAGUGCUACUCCGUCAACUCCUCGGCAGCACCAUCAGACUGCUAUCACCAAUCCAUCCACCCCACCACGAUUGAGUGUAGACUCUCCUCUGGUACGCACAUAUUCACUUCCACCCCUCAUGAACGCUAUGUCACCAUCGCUGUCAUCUCCUUCCUCAAUCACCCAUUCGUCACGCUCGGCUUCACACGAGUACAUGGCAACUACUGAACAUCGGCCUAUUGAGGCAUUUGGGCCUGCGACCGAUGCUGUCAUGCAUUCGCAUGACAUCCUGGCCAUCAUGCACAACAUGCUAUGGCACGUCGAGAGGACAUCUGUGACCUUGGCUUGGCAAUUGGAUAUUGAACAUCACCUCCAGAUCGCACCGGACAUUGCAGCAGAGUUGGCUCAUGCAAUGAUAGAGGAUUUAUAUGCUUCUUAG